CCUCUAUGAGUUUCACCGGUACGGCCUGUAAGAUAUCCGCUGUAGCUCUGAGUGGACUGAUCCUCGUCGUGGCAGUCUACAUAGGUGAUUUUAAGAAGGGCCUGGCCAAUUCUAUUCCCGAUUCUUACAAGACGUCGGACUGUAACGUCAAUGAAGCCACAGCGGUGCAACAUGAACUUGCUCAUCCCGAGGUGCCUUUCCGAUGUGGUUCGGUUGGCCUCUUCGACUCUGAUGAGUUGGAAGUUCGCGCAUACGUGCAGCCUGAUGGUGGUACAUGUUGGAGCAACGGAGGGUUCAUCCGAAGAGGACGGAAACUCAUAAUGGUCGAUGCACUACAAGAUAUAACUCUUACUAAGAACAUGGUUGACUCGUCAGCUGACAUGGAAGCUGCUAUUGACACAUUCGUCCUAACCCAUCCUGAUAUCGAUCAUUUUGGUGGUAUCUCGGCUGUUCCGCAGACCGCGAUGGCUGUUGUACGGGAGGAGAUGAUACCUGUUAUCAAUGCUACCUUAAAAGUGGUGCCAGCAUCGUUUAACAAGCUUAUCAUUGCGUAUCAUGCCUAUGAACGACUGGGCAAGUACUUGCUCCCUUAUGUGAAAUGGCUUCCUACUACAGUCUUAGGAAUCCUCGGAAUGCUAAAGAACGGUCACUACCUUGCCAAAUUCGAUCCUACAAUGCCAGAGGAGUUCCCGCUUGGCACCAAAACGUUCAAGACGGAUGAAUACGCUCUGAAUGACGAUGUAAAGUUGAAGUGCUUCGGGCCAAUCCACAGCAAACAUGAUUGUAUGGUCCUGGUACCCAAGGCUAAGGUCGUUUUCACUGGCGACCUACUCUUCGUUGGGGUUACACCUAUAAUGUGGGCUGGCCCUGUUGAUAGAUGGCUGGAUGCUCUCGAAUGGUUAGAGCAAGAGGUGGACGGUUCUUGGAAGCUUGUCCCUG